AUGAUCGCGCCUUCUACAAAUUCAAUACCUGCCUCCAGUCUCUCAGAGCAAGCUACAGGCCCUUCCGUGGUGGCUUCCAGUCCUUCCCCGACCGCUGUGUGUGCCGCACAGUUACAAGCUGGGCAAGCUGCAGCAUCUAUCUCGCCCUCUGCGGGUCCCCCGCCCGCGCCGUCCACAAGCGCGACCCAGGACAUCGACAUAUGGACUAGUGCCUACGAAGUAGUUGAGAAUCGAGAGCCAGAGUUGAUGACAGACUACGCGAGCCACCUGGCCUAUAUACAAGAUGUCGUGAAGCAGCUACUGGGAGAACGAGAGAAGAAACAAUGGCGGCUUCCUCUCCUGGGUAAUAAUGUCAUUAUCCGAAAGCAAGCCGAGAGACUAGCGAAAGUUCUCUUAUGGGCUGAUCCUGUUGUCAAACGUGCAGUGAGCACCCAACCAUAUGCGGCGCUUGCCUGGUCCAGUGUUUCUAUCCUUCUUCCUCUACUGACAAGUGCUGCCACACCGGAUGUAGCUAUGCUGAAGGGCUUCAACUCGAUAAGCGAUGUUCAAGUCUAUUGGGCGAUUUUCGAAGAGACUUACCUGUCUUCUUCCCACCGGCACCAUUACGAAAACCUCAUCGAGCCUUUGGCCAAGCUCUAUUCUUACAUCAUUGAAUAUCAAGCCCGCGCUAUAUGCCAUCUUUCAAAGACCCAACUUUCACGGGGAUGGCAGAACGUGGCGGGUGAGAAUGACUGGGCUGAGAAGGCGAGUGAGAUUGAAGCUUUAUCAGAGGCUCGCAGCAGCCUGAUCUCGCACGACAACGAGAACGAGAUUCGAGAGCGCUGGGGUCGUCAACUACGUGAAAUUCAAGAGUCAAGUGCUAUUCUCAAGGAGAUCCGCCAAGUCCUCGAUGAGACCCAAAGACAAACUCAGGGGAACUACGAAGACAAGGCGGAAAAAGAUCUCCUACACGAUCUAGCUUCUGAUUAUGAAGGCUACAAAGAUUUCAACCGUCUCAGAGUUCAAGGCACGUGCGAAUGGUUCUUCAACGAUGAAAAGUUCUGCAAAUGGCGCGAUAGCAACACGUCUGGGCUUUUGUGGCUCUCUGCUGGGCCUGGAUGUGGAAAAUCGAUUUUGUCGCGAGCGCUUAUUGACGAACGCCGACUAUCCUUGAACGUUACAACCUCGACCGUUUGUCACUUCUUCUUUAAAGAUGGCUACGAAGACCGCAUGUAUAGCGUCAAUGCUCUAUGUGCAGUACUCCACCAGCUUUUUAGUCGCGACCCUAGUGGUGCCCUGAUCAAGCUAGCUCUGCCUGCUCACAAAAAUUACGGCAAGUCUCUUAUAAGGAACUUAUCUGGACUAUGGAAUAUCCUUCUUGAUUGUGCCAAGAGCCCUCACGCUGGAGAAAUUGUUUGCAUUCUCGAUGCUCUGGAUGAAUGCGAGCAACAAAGCAGGUUGCAAUUGAUCAGCAAACUUAAAGACUUCUAUUGCCAGCCACAGGGCUCUUCGGCAUUAUCUUCGAAACUGAGCUUCCUUAUAACCAGUCGACCAUACCCUGAGAUCGAAAGAAAUUUUGGUGGGUUCUCCACGACAGAGUAUCUGCAUUUUGACGGCGAUAAGAAGUCUGUCGCCAUCACACGGGAGAUCGACCUGGUAAUUGACGAUCAUGUGAGCCAGACCAUAGGCAACUUCACCGCUGAUGAUCAGCUGGAAAUCUCUAAACGCCUUAAAACCAUGGAAAACCGCACCUACUUAUGGCUUUAUGUCAUCUUCGAAACGAUCAAAGAGGACCCAAGCCGCCACGGUAAGCGGUCCAGCAUCGAAAAGCUGUUGAACAAUAUCCCAUCAAAGUUAUCCGAAGCGUAUGAAAAGAUCCUGGGCAGAAGCAGAUGCCAAGAAGAAACCCAACAUCUUCUUGAGAUCAUCCUUGCUGCGGCACGGCCUCUUACUCUUGACGAGGCUAACGUUGCCUUGACAUUGGCUUUGGCAGAAGAAGAUUUCACGUCGCACUCAGCCUUGGAGAACGAUCUAUGGCCUAAAAACAAUUUCGAAAGUAUUGUCAAAGGCUUAAGUGGCCUCUUCAUAAGCGUACACGAUUCAAAGUUGUUCUUCAUUCAUCAAACGGCAAGAGAGUUCCUCAUUGACCCUUCAGGUCGGGGUACAUGGGAAGGACGCUUGAGCAUGUCUAAAUCAUCCAGAACCAUAUCAAGAGCUUGUUUCAAGUUCUUGAUGCUCCCUGAUCUUCGCGCCUCCGUUAAAGACGCUGACUUUUGGGAUGACGAUGAUUAUGACCUAAAUGACCCAAACCACGUUACGUUGAAGCAACUGCCUCCGUUUUUCUGCUACGCCGCCGAUCAUUGGCCGUCACACUUUCUAUCACAGGGGCCCACAGACAUUGACCAGUCCCUAAAGGAUGCGCGUACACUUUGUAACCGCCAUCAGGCAUGGGUGUGGGUAACAGCCUCUGGAUGGACUCCGCAAGUGGUCGAGAAUAUCUUGACAGAGGAACACAUUGAUGUCAACACCGAAGACAAGUCUUCAACGCUGGCACUGAAAUCUUCAAGAUCGGCACUUUCAGCGGCAUGCCUCGGAGGCAAGUCAGAUGUCGUCACGCUACUAUUAGAUAAAGGUGCCAAUGUCAACUCCUAUCACAAACUGCACGCCACGGCUCUCUUUACAGCUCUGGUCUACGGUCACCAGGACAUUGUUCCAAUCCUCCUCGAAAAGGGCGCCGACGUCAACAUCAUAGGUGAACAUCACGGUACAGCGCUUUACAUAGCCUCGCAUCUCGGCAACCCAGAUAUUGUCCUCAGCAUCCUGGAGAGAGGUGCAGACAUCAACUAUAAUCACAAAUGGCACGGAACAGCGCUGUACAGGGCGUGUCGCUCAGGCCACCCGAAAGUCGUCAAAAUCCUACUCGAGAAUGGGGCCAACGUCAACAUCAUCGGAAAUAAAGGAUAUGGCUCGGCGCUCCUCGCAGCAUCUACUCUCAACCAUCCAGAUAUUGUCAUUGAUCUGCUAAAGAAAGGUGCUGACACCGACUAUAAUAACCAAAAAUACGGCACUGCACUACAGAUGGCAUCUGGACGGGGCUGGCAAAAUAUCGUCGAAUUACUCCUAGCGCAUGGAGCCAAUCCGAACACCAGAGGCACACAAGAUGGUAGCUCACCAAUCCAGGUGGCAUCAUUCUAUGGUCAUCAAGGCGCUGUCGAAGAAUUACUCAAGCACGGAGCUGAUGUCAAUUUCCCAGACCAGCGGGGAAACACAGCGCUUCACGCGGCUGCGCGGCAAGAUCAUCGAGAAAUUGUUUCAAUGCUCCUCAGAUGUGGGGCCGACGUCACCUUGAAAGGGGAACUUUAUGGCACGGCGCUCAAUGCGGCAACUGAAGCAGGUCACACCGAGAUUAUAGAAAUGCUAGCUAAGAGAGGUGCCAAGGUUUGA